AUGCGAUCCGGUCGUAUCUACAGCUCCGGCCGUCUCUGCCUUCGUACUUCUGUGAUCUGCAGUUUCAAUCUUGCUGUGAAGCCCUGGGUCAUUUCUCGAAUGUUCUUAGGAUCACACGACCUACAAUUCUCUCGAUUACGACCUCAUCGACGAAUGCUGCUAUUACCGCACAACUUGCCACUUUUUCGAUUCAUUGUAUUUGUAUAUUUGGUGCUUGGUGUAUUUUCCUUUAUGUAUAUUGGUUGUGAUGUAUGUAUUUGGUGCUCGUUCGUUGGCGAGUUUUAG